CAUUUAAAAGCAUGACAGAGAUUACAGUGACACUCUGAAGAAAUUUAUAAAUACGUGUGGAGUAUAACGCACCAAGUUGUUUUAUACGACCUUGUGUUAGUGACCUGAAAAGUGCUAACAUCGUCCUCAACGCUGUCAACAUGACCACAAAUCGGGAGAAACUCGCCCAAGAUUUCGGACAUCUUAACAUUGCUCACUACGCUCCCCAACAAUAUUCAGCUACAAAAGGUAAAAAAAUCGCCCCCGUAGUUCCACCGAAGCCUAAGAAAAAAAUAAUUCCCGAACUUGCAAACCCCAACGUCCAGUUUUCGCAAACGGAAAAACAGAAUCGGGAGAAAAACUACCAGCCAGUUCUAGAACCUGGACAUGAGGAAAAGCUGGAACAAAACUACACCCUUCUCCGGGAUUCCAAGUACUCCAGUACAGUAGAGACAAAAUACCCAGUUAAAGAAGACGAAACUCGUCAGUUAGCUAAACAAAAGUAUCUUCCUGUUGAAGAUGUUAGAUAUGAAAGUAACACACAAAAACUUGAGAGUGUCGAAGGUCUUCCGGAGAAUCGUUAUACGACUUCAACAGAAAAACAAACUCGUACUGUUAGAAAUCGGAUGGAGCCAGCGCCAUCUAGUGUGGGCAGACCAUUGUAUUCUUCCUAUAGUACUCUUUCCACUGAUGACGAACUUCCACCUCCACCACCACCACCACAGACAACAAGAUAUUCUCCUCCCAGCAGUUAUGCAUUCCCUCCUCCGCCACCACUACCACCACAGAGAACAAGGUAUUCUCCUCCCAGCAGUUAUGCAUUCCCUCCUCCACCACCUCCUCCAGAAGAGCAUCAACUUCAGUCUCCAAUGAGAACUUAUGAUACGGGUCCAAUGUACAACCCCAUCGUUCCUAGACCAGCCAACAGUCAAAUGCCUUCUAAGUCACUGCUCUAUUCCGACCAUCACCAUGAAAGGAAGCCAGCCACUGGAAUGAUGACCCAACCUUUGGAAGGAGGACCAUCCACUGGACAAAAAGUUCAGAUUGACGAUCUGACAGACCUUCUGGUACGAAGCAUGGAAAAUUCAAGUGAUCCUGAUUUUUUAGGAAUUUGUUACAAAUGUGGUGAAAACGUGCUUGGAGCAGAAGGUGGUUGUACAGCAAUGAGUCAAAUUUACCAUAGGCAUUGCUUCACUUGCCAUGUUUGCCAUAAGGAACUGCAAGGAAAAUCAUUUUAUAUAGUGGAUGGGAACCCACACUGUGAAGAAGAUUACUUGAAUUCUCUUGAAAAGUGCUAUGUCUGUGGAAAUCCCAUUUGUGAAAGGAUCUUACGAGCUACUGGCAAUCCAUAUCAUCCAGAGUGUUUUAAGUGUGUAGUUUGUGGGAAGUGUCUUGACAGUGUCCCAUUCACAGUAGAUGCUACCAACCAGAUUUACUGCAUUGAUGAUUUUCACAAAAAAUUUGCUCCUAGAUGUUGUGUGUGUAAACAACCAAUCAUGCCCGAACCAGACCUGCAAGAGACGGUCAGAGUUGUGGCCUUGGACAGAAGUUUUCACGUAGACUGUUACAGAUGCGAGGAUUGCAACAUUUUGCUGUCAUCAGAAGCUGAAGGCUAUGGUUGUUAUCCUUUGGAUGAUCACAUUUUGUGCAAAAACUGCAAUGCCAAACGUGUCCAAACCCUGACUUCUCGGACAACAACAGAACUUUAGCCCAUCUACAGUACACAAUCUUCCUCAAGAAAAAGUCUACUACUACUAUGUUAUUAAUCUGUUAUCCAACAGUUUAAAAUUUGGUUAAUGAAAAUAAAUACAGGUUCAUAAUCUUUAAGACUGUUUUGAAAAUGUUAUUGUAUUAGCGAUGAGUUUUGUGAAUAAAGAUCUCUAUAUAAUACAAAGAUUGUAACAACAGAAAGUGGUUUGUCUAUAAAAUAAAUUUUAUAUUUACUUUUAGAAAUGAAAA